ACGUGACUAAACAAAAUGGCCGCUGAAAUCAAGCCCACCAACAAGAAUGGAAGUGGAAAUAUUAGAAAACCUGUGCUGGUGAACAAAGUAGAGGGGUUUAGCGAUGAAAUCAACAUGGCCUGCAUUAUUCCCCGUGAGGAGGGGGUCAUCUCUGUCAGCGAUGACAAGACCGUUCGAGUGUGGCUGAGGAGAGACACAGGACAGUACUGGCCCAGCAUAUGUCACUCCAUGCCAGCUGCAGCCUCCUGUAUGGCUUACAAUGGCGAGACACGGCGACUGUUUGUUGGGCUUGAUAAUGGAACAAUCACGGAAUUUGUUGUGAGUGACGAUUUCAACAGAAUGACACAAGUCAGAGAUUAUCUUGCGCACCAGAGUCGGGUGAUGAGUGUUAAGUUUUCCCUCCAACGAGAAUGGGUGUUAAGUUGUGGCAAGGACAAAUAUUUCCAGUGGCACUGUUCCGAAACUGGACGUCGGCUGGGGGGCUACCAGGCCUCCGCAUGGUGUCUAUGUCUCGAUGUAGAUGAGCAGUCCAACUAUGUGUUUGUGGGAGAUUACUCCGGUCAGGUAUCAGUUCUUAAGAUCACCGACCAGAACUUUAACCAUAUUACAACGCUUAAAGGCCACUCUGGAAGUGUGCGGAGUCUGGCAUGGGAUCCAGAUCGCAAUCUGCUGUUCUCUGGUAGCUAUGACAACUCGAUAAUUGUCUGGGACAUAGGUGGAAAACAAGGGACAGCCUUUGAACUUCAAGGCCAUAAGGACAAAGUGCAGGCACUUGUAUACUGUACAGCAUCGAAACAGUUGAUCUCGACUGCCGAUGAUAAAGUGAUUGGAAUCUGGGACAUGGAUGCAAACAGAGUGGAGACACCAGAAUGGGACGAGAAUGACCAUUGUCAGAAAUGUGAGAAGCCGUUUUUCUGGAACUUCCGUAAGAUGUGGGAGGAGAGGACUAUAGGGAUCAGGCAGCACCACUGUAGAAAGUGUGGUAAAGCGGUGUGUGAGAAGUGCAGUUGCAAGCGAUCCACAAUCCCCCCGAUGGGUUACGAGUAUGAGGUCCGCGUUUGUGACGACUGCUUCGAGAAAAUCACAGAUGAAGAGCGAGCCCCUCUGGCGACAUUCCAUGACGCAAAGCACUCUGUAACUUACAUGCACCUUGAGGUGACAAGAAAAAGACUAUUAACAGUCGGCAAGGACAGAGUUAUAAAGAUAUGGGAUAUAGGUAGCGUGCUUCACACCCACUGAUGUGUUCACUUGAUGAUACGAGCGUGACAUACGAAACCUUAUUAACGAAUGUGAUAUUUAUGUAUCCACUAGCGGAAUUUGUAAAAAAAAUCGCGGCAGAAUAGUCAUAAAUAUUUUAAGCAAUGAGGAAUAGCAAACAUUUGACCUUUUAUGAACAUUCAUUUGCUAUUAUAAAACACACAAUAAAUGUUCAGAAAUUAUGUGUAUGAUGAAAAAUAAUUAGUAGAAAAAGUAAGCUCUUUAAAUUGAAUGGAAAUUAUAACAGAGCAUGGAAAUCAAGCGGGUCUAUGUUUAUGAACAAUCUCAAGGCUGAGAUUAGACUUAAACUCAACCUGACAAAUAUUAAAGAUGCACUGUUUAUCCCAAAUAAGAUUUACCACACUUAAUACAAUUGUUUAGAUAUACCAAAAAGGAUGAAUAAAUGUCAAUCACUAUGGUUCUUAUGAAGGAUACUGUGAAAAAAAUGAAGAAAGGUGCAAAAAACACAAUAUUUCUACCUAUGCAACUAUAGUAAAUCUUUAAGCAUACACCAAUCAUUUAAUAUUUUUGCGUUUUAAGCUAUGAAAUACAAGGUUACAAUCUUGUUAUCAGAAAUUAAUAUUUUCCAUAAAUGCAUUAUUUAGUAAGAAGUUAUAGGUUUGUUAUACAUGUGUAUGUAUUGGUUUUUAAUAAGACUGUCACUUUAUGUUUAUUUUAUACAUUAACGAUAGCAGAGUGAUGGUGAAUGUCUCUGAAUAUACUUCUUGGUACCUCUCCAAUGUUGAACUAUUAUUUUAUACACAUAUUUUGCAAAAAAGAAUGGAAUAUCAUUGAUUUCUUGUCAUUUUUUUUGUUAUUCUAGACUCAGGGUUGAGACUGUUUAAACAUGGGCCGAGUUGUUGAAUAGAAACACUGCCUGUUGGGAGAAAUGUCGCCAGUAUGAAUGAAUGUUUUAUGUCAUUAACAGAAAUGUUAUUUGUUAAACAAAUGUAUAAAAUAAUAAUCACUUAGGUGGUAACAGCAGGUCAAAUACAGAUCAGCCUGAUGUAACAGUUUCAUCGAUGGAUGUGUCCAAGAAAUGUGCUUUCCUCAUUGCUUAAUUUAAUAUUUUUUCUUCCUUUUUUGUCUUAAAAGACGAUCCGUUAUAUAUGUUUAGCUUUUUCAAGGCCAUAUUUUUUAAAUAUGUAAUUUUCAAGACCAUUUAUAUGUUAUUUUCAAGGCCUUCUAGUAGUAAUUUUUAAAGCCAUCUAUAUGUUUUUUUCAAUGCCAUAUUUUUUUAAAUAUGUAAUUUUCAAGACCAUCUAUAUGUUAUUUUCAAGGCCAUAUUUUUUAAAUAUGUAAUUUUCAAGACCAUCUAUAUGUUAUUUUCAAGGCCAUAUUUUUUUAAAUAUGUAAUUUUCAAGACCAUCUAUAUGUUUUUUUUCAAGGCCAUUUAGCAGUUAUUUUUUUAAAGCCAUCUAGUAGUUAUUUUCAGACCAUCUUUGAAUAGACAUUUCAGUUCUAAGAUUUUAAACUCUGCAUGGUUUAGUGUGUAUUAGACUUGCUAAAAUUUUAAAAGCUGGGCUGGUAUUCAAUAUAUAUCUUGAUUAGAUCUAAGAAUGAUGUAGCUUAUCCGAUGACUUGUUAUUCAUAACUGACAAACAGAGUGAAUGAAGUCACUGAUGUAGGCCCAUAAGAUUGAUUUAAGUUGAAUAUUGAAUACCACCCAUGCAAAUGAAAUGGUUAGAUAAAGAGUCUUUGACAUGUUUGUGGGAUAGAAUUGUUUUGUAUAAAUGUAAAUACUAAAACAUUGGAGUGUUUCAUGUGCAAUAAUUGUUUGAAGUUUUAUCAUUGUGUUUUAUUUUUACUUCACCAUUGCUUGCUUGUAAAUGAUAACUAACAUAUUUUGCCGUAUGUCUUUGUAAAAUGUUCAUAUAUGAGGCAUUAUGAGACAAAAUUCUAAAUGUAAAGGUAUUUAUACAGAUACUUAGGUGUGUACCUUUGUAAAAUGUUCAUAUAUGAGGCAUGAUGAAACAACAUGUUAGAUGUAAAGGUAUUUAUACAGAUACUUAGGUGUGUACCUUUGUAAAAUGUUCAUAUAUGAGGCAUGAUGAAACAACAUGUUAGAUGUAAAGGUAUUUAUACAGAUACUUAGGUGUGUACCUUUGUAAAAUGUUCAUAUAUGAGGCAUGAUGAAACAACAUGUUAGAUGUAAAGGUAUUUAUGAACAAAUUCAAAUAUUAAUGGUAAGUGGUGUAGUGAUUGCAUGAUAAUCAAAUAUAAUCAAAUAAUUGUUUAUUGGUGACCAACAUUGUGAUAAUCAAUUAUAAUCACCCAUAAUCGAUUUUCAUCAAACAUGUUUUAAUUACAUUUAAAAAAACAAUAGCAUACACAAGUAUAAUGUCUGGAGUUCAUUUUUGGAGUCAGAAUAACAUAUAUAUAAAAAUCAGUGGAAUGAACGUUCAAUUAUUUGAAUUUAUUUUAUUUAUAUGAAAUGUCAUUCUCAUACUAAUAUUUAGUUUGAUUAUUUUUGAUUUCAUGAUUGUUCAGGGUUGUCCAAUUUGAUUCGAUUAUCGAGUAUGAUUUUUUCAAUGCUAAUAGGUGACACUAAUAAGGGAUGCCCCUUAUAGUUUUUUCUUUCGUAAAUAUGUUUUUUAUUUAUAUAAUAAUACAUAUGUUUCAGUUACUGUUUUCCUAUUUUAUAAACAUAUGUACAUGCAUAUACUGUAAAUGUCAACAUUUCAGUAAUGUGUCGUAUGAACUAAAACAAAUCCAUGAUUUUUAUUUAAACCCAUUAUUUAAAUUGAGAAUUUACUAUGAAAAGGAAGCCUGCUGUCUUAAAAUUUAAACACUAUUUUUUAACCACUGGGGUUGCGCAUUGGAUUUUUUUUAUUUUGCGGUGAAUAUUGCUGAUGUUACUUCUUUUCUACUUUUUCUGUGUCAUUUUUUAUUGUUUGGCUUUUCAAAAUGUGUUUUUUUAAUAUUUACUAAUUAAUACUUUCUUAUACAUGUAUUUACAUUAUUGGUGGAGCAUUCUAGUUCACAUUUAUAUACGAAAAACAUACUUACAUGAAUCUAAUAGGGACCAAAAUUAUGUGUGAAUUUAAUUUCAAAAAUGAAAAAGAAUAUUCAAAACAUGGAAAAGAAGUUCUGUUUUCGUUCGUUUUUUUCUAUCAGUUUUUGCUUUUAUCUACUUGGCGAUUUACAAUGGAUUUUGUUUUGAUCCAUAUUUUCUGUGAUUUUGAAAAUAAUGUGCUUUUAAAAUAUGUCAGUGUUGUAAGUUGUUAGCACAAUUUUCAUUCAUCAAUGAUCUGCCUGACCAGAAUGUGAUUAUGGUUCAUUAGAUAUUAACUUAGUGAUGUGUGUUCAUGUGUAUUUGUGUGUCUGUGUAUAUUUGUGUGUCUGUCUGGGUCAAGAAAACGGGCCUUUUACCAUUUUGAAAUCAUGUUAUUUUGCUGUUUUACUUUUGUUUUAAUGAUGCCUAGAUAAAUAGUAUUGCUAUUACAUAAUAAAAGUAAUUUUCACUC